AUGGGAAAGGCUAUAGAUAAUUCGCUAAAAACGAAUAUUCACCAAUAUCAUAUUGUUGGAAGAGCAAUUCCAUCAGAAAAGGAUAAAAACCCGAAUGUGUACCGAAUGUGCAUAUUUGCAAAGAACGAUACGAAUGCAAAAUCGCGAUUUUGGUAUUUUAUGAAAAAAAUAAAUAAAUUAAAAAAGUCAAAUGGAGAAUUAUUAGCAUGUGAAGAAAUACGAGAAAGAUUUCCACUUAAAGUAAAAAAUUAUGGUGUGCUACUAAGAUAUGAUAGUCGAACAGGUACGCACAAUAUGUACAAAGAAUAUAGAGACACAACAAAAGAAGGAGCGAUUGCACAAUUAUAUUCAGAAAUGGCAGGAAGGCACAGAGCAAGAGCAUCAUCAAUUAGUAUCAUUAGAAUUUCAGAAAUAAGUUCUCAAUUUGUAAGAAGACCACAUAUUAAACAGCUGCUGAAGAGAAGGCUAAGAUUUCCUGCAUUACAUUUACCUACGUUAAGGAAGGAGUACAGAAGAAAAUACGCAGCUAAAAGACCAUCAACUUAUAGAUUGUAA